GCUAGUUGUGGGUGGUGGGGUAAGUGGUGCGGAGGUUGGAAAGGAACCCUCCAGAUACAUGCAUGACAAAAAAGACACUAACAAGCUAGACAUGGAUGUGUGCUGACGAUUAGAAAACGAACUUCAGAAGCAGAAAACAAUGCACUGGAUCAAUAUUUAGAAUAUAUUGGAACUACACUUGGAAGCUGAAGUUUGUUUAAGUCAUUUUGCUUUUGUUUGUUUUUUUAACAGGAGGGUUUACGACUGCUUUGUCUGCCUCAGUUCUUAGUGCUUCAAAUGUUUCUGAACUCUUUACUUGUGGUCAUAACUGACCUGGCUGCUGCAUUGUUGGGCAAUGCAUUAUUUCGCCGCCAUUUCCAUUUGUUUCUGUCAGCCGUGGUCAUGUUCGGACCCUUGCUGAAUUUAUGGGUAUCCCACUAUAGUAUUUUUGCGAAGAGGACCCAUUAUCUUUACAGAGUUUUUCUGCGUUCAGGCUGGGGUUGGACCUGCAUCUUUGUAGGCUCUUUUGUCUUCCUUCUGUCUUUAUCUGUUCGGCGCUCCUUAACACACACACUACGGCAUCUCUCACGGCUGGCUGUAGCAGGUGGGCUGUUGCUGGGUUUCCGUAAACUGCUUAGCUUGCUGGAGAAUGCCACAGGGAGCUGCUAUGAGCCAAUCAGUGGAGCCCAUGAGCUUGCUGUAGCAGCUAAUGAAGAAGGGCAGCCUUUAUUGUUGUUACGAGAGGGUGAGACAAAGGCUGUUUGCAUCAGUUCUGGCAUGUUAUGGCGGGGGUACGAGGUCUCUGAAGACAUCUUUCUGCUUUCUUUUUGUUGCCUGCUGCUGGCUGAGGAGAUGGCUGUGUUUGGGCCCUACUUGAACCUGGGUGGGAUCUCUGGAGCACCCCUACGCAUUCUGUUCUUAUUCUGUGUCCUGUUGCUGAGUCUCUGGUUGUUUCUACUUUUCUGUCUACUUGCAUAUUUUCCACAAUUCCCAAAUCAGCUCUUGGGAGGAGCUCUGGGGUGUCUGAGCUGGAGGGCAACAUACCAGGGCUGGUACCAUAUGGGACCAAGCUGGUACUGCCCUGGAAGGCCUGGGUUGGGUCUUUUGACAACAUAGGGACAAAUAAAAAUGGUAAAAACAAUAACAGAUAUAAAUUAUUCAAUUACUUUGAGAUAAAUAUAUUUGAUGAAUCAUGUAAUAAAGGUUCAUUUGCACA